GGUUGCCUCCUUUUCAUGUUCAGGCACAUAAGUCCUCUGCUUGCAAUGCAUGGACAUUGUCUGCUGCUCUGAGACUGAUUGGAGGAAUGAUGCUCCCAAGAAUAUCUCUAGCAGUCUUUGGCCUCUUCAUCACAACAUGCCAAUGCUCAACAACAAAUGAUUCCCCGUUUUCACUCGUGAACAAAGCCACUGGUUUUUGUUUGCUGAAAAGGGUUAGCCGCUGCCUUGACCUACGCUGGACGACUGAUGACCGGCUUUAUGUUACCACAACUAAAAAAUGCCUGGGAGCUCAGGGCAAAAGUAUAGGAAGUGAAGUGAGCCUGUAUGACUGUGAUGACAAGAGCGACCUGCAAAAGUGGGAAUGCAGGAAUGGAACUCUGCUUGCCCUCAAAAAUAAUAAUUUAUUCAUUGAGAUGAAAGCUGAUGAAACAAUUGCUCUCUCAAAAACAACAGGACCAAAUAACCAGUUCACAAUUACAGGGACCUCAAGCGGUGCUUGUACAAGAACAUACAGAGAGUUAUUUACCAUUGAGGGAAAUGCAUUCGGAAAGAUCUGCAUGUUUCCCUUCCUUUACAAAGACCGGUGGUAUGGAGACUGCACUACAUUUGACUCCUCAACAAAGCGACCAUGGUGUGCAGUUGAAACAAAAUUUGAACGUGAACAGUGGGGAUACUGCCCAACCACUUCCACAGAUCACUGGAGAAAAAAUCUCAUAACAGGAGCAUAUUACCAGUUGAACAUACAGUCAUCUCUGACUUGGGGACAAGCUGAUACCAGCUGUAAACAGCAGGCUGCCUCCUUGGUCAGUAUUGUGGAGCCCAGUGAGCAAGCUUUGAUCUCAGCAUUAUUGGGAGCAGGGAGAAAAAAACUUUGGAUUGGGUUAGUUUUGGACCCAGAACAUGGUUGGCAGUGGACUGAUGGCAAACCUUUCCGUUAUCUGCGAUGGGAUUCUGGGAAUCCACUUCCUAAUCCAGGACACAACUGUGCAAUUCUUGACACUGCUGGAGAGCACUCUUGGCAAAGUUCAUCCUGUACCAAGAAAAUGGGCUACAUCUGCUACAAAGAUGGGGUCCCACCAGCACCUCCACAAAUUGAACAAGGAUUUUGCUCAACACCUUGGAUUCCCUACAAUGGCCACUGUUUUCAUCUUCAGCGUAAUGCUCAAACAUGGUCUGGCGCUCAGAAAGCUUGUCGUGCAGAAGGCGGUGACUUAGCGACCGUCCGAAAUGUGGAGGAUCAAAGCUUUGUGAUCUCUCAGCUUGGAUACGCAUCCACUGAUGAGCUUUGGAUUGGACUGAAUGACAUUAGGACAGAGGGACUGUUUGAUUGGAGUGACCAGUCUCAUGUGUCCUUCACCAGCUGGGAAUAUGGAAAACCAGGACUCUCCACUGAUGGAAAUGACUGUGUUCUCAUCAGGGGAGAGAAUGGGAACUGGGCAGAUCGGUCAUGUGAUGAGCAACAUGGCUUUAUCUGUAUGAAGCAAAGUUCCACUGAAAGCACUGGAAAUGAACCAGAUAUAGACAUCGGAUGUAAAGCUGGAUGGAAAAAACAUGGCUCCUACUGCUACUUUGUAGGCACUGAGACAAAGACUUUCAGUCAAGCUAGUGAAGACUGCAAGAGUUCAAACUCAUACUUAGCUGAUGUUUCAAAUGGGGUGGAUAAUGCCUUCCUUGUCAGCUUGGUGGGGUUGAGACCAGAGAAACACUUCUGGAUAGGGCUCUCAAAUCAAAAGAAUAUUGAUGUUUUUGAGUGGACCAACUCACCCACAGUAAGGUUCACUCACUGGAAUAGUCAAAUGCCAGGUUACCAGCAGGGUUGUGUUGCCAUGACAACUGGGGUUUUGGCUGGACUUUGGGACCUGCUUCCCUGCACCAACAAAGAAAAAUAUAUCUGCAAGUACAUGGCGGAGGGGAUGGUUCCAACUGCUCCACCACCAACUGUAGCUCCUCCUAAAUGUCCAGAGGGUUGGACUCGAGUGGGAACGAGAGCUAUGUGCGCUAAGUUUUUUACAGGUCCUCGCUCAGAAGAAAAAACUUGGUUUGAGGCCAGGGAUUACUGCAGGGCCAUUGGAGGAGAUCUGCUUAGUAUCCACAGUUCUACUGAGCUACGACUGUUCAGCAGAGGUGGAAAAGCCUGGAUUGGACUUCACAUUCCUGAAACAAGCACUGGUUAUGCCUGGACUGAUGGAAGCCCACUAGAUUUCCAGCACUGGCAGGAAGGAGAACCAAACAAUUUCAACAAUGCAGAAUCUUGUGCUGAGUUUGUGAUACAUAACUGGGAUGAAGAAGGUUCCUGGAAUGAUUUGAACUGUGACAGUUACAAUGACUGGUUGUGUCAGAUCCGUGCAGGAGUGACUCCAAAACUACCUUCGAAUAAUACUGUGGUGGAAUUCAAUACCACUUCGGAUGGUUGGCUGGAGCGGAGAGGGAAUCAGUAUUAUAUUAACAGAAUGUCAUUGCCCAUGGAAGAUGCUCGUCACUUCUGUCAGCAGAGGCACAGUGACCUAGUAUCUAUAACCAGUAAAGAGGAAAAUGUUUUCUUAUGGAAACAGAUAUCCAGAAGCUAUGGGCGUUAUUAUAUAGGUUUGUCUGUGGAUCUUGAUGGGUCAGCUUGGUGGAUGGAUGGUACUCCAGUGUCAUUUCGAAGAUGGGAUGAAGAUCAACCCAGCACUAGUGGCUUUGAUCAAAACUGUGUUUUUAUGUCUUAUCACAUGGGCUUCUGGAAGACUUCUAAUUGUGGAAGAGAGCUUUCAUUUAUUUGCAAGCGAGGAAGGAUGUUGCCAACCAACACCACUGCAGCCCCAACAGUUGCUCCAACAGGUGGCUGCCCAAAAAGAUGGAUGAAAUUUGGCACAAAGUGUUACAACAUCUUUAACGAAAGACAGAUCACCUGGGAAUAUGCACGGUCAAAAUGCACUGAGGUGGGAGGCAAUUUAGUCUCUAUACCUACAAGAAGUGUGCAAGCAUUUUUGAUCACCAGAAUGGUUCAUACAGCAUCUACAGACCUGUGGAUUGGUUUGAAUGCUAUAAGCCAAGAGGGAUUUUUCUGGACCGAUGGGAAAAAAAGGCAAUACACCAACUGGGGCUAUUCUAGACGUGAACAACCUUUUGGGAUGGUGUAUCCGAGAUGGAAUGAGAGACAUCAUCGUCAUCCUGGCAGCUUUUAUAAAAGAUGGAAUGAGGAUGAAUGUGUUGUGAUGAAUGGAAAUCCUGUUUUUGGGAUUGGUAAAUGGACAACAAGGUCUUGCAAUGACACCAAUGGAUAUAUAUGUCAACGGAAUCUUGAUCCAAACAUUAAAGCACCACCUGAAACCAUAGAUUAUAAUAUCUAUGAGACUCUGGGAAAUGACAGCAUCAAGAUUAUUACUCAAAAUCUGACCUGGGAUGAAGCCCAGAAACGUUGUAACGCUGAUAAAGCCAACUUGGCCAGCCUGCGAAAUGACUGGACACAGGCAUAUGUUGAGCUACUGGCUAUAAAACUCAAUAGUCCUCUUUGGAUUGGACUUAACAAACAGCAGACUGGAGGUUAUUUUAAAUAUAUUGAUGGUUGGCAUCUGAACAAUGCCGGCUGGGCUGAAUUUGAACCAAGCAGGGACAAACCUUGUGUGUAUGUAGAUGUGGAUGGAAAAUGGAGAACCGCUUUCUGCAAUGUGACCAUAAAAAGUGCCUGUAUGCAGUCUACAGAAGUGGCACCAACUGAGUCUACAAUAUUUCCUGGAAAUUGUCCUGAAGAUACAGAUCUAGAGUACCAACAGAGCUACACAUGGCUGCCGUAUAGGGGUUAUUGUUAUUUGUUUAUCCAAGAUGAAAUUGAAUGGGCAGAUGCAGCUAGCAGCUGUGUAAGGCAUGGUGGAGUGUUGGCUAGCAUUGAAGAUCCCUCCGAGCAAGAAUUCAUCAAAGGCUUUGUGACAAAUUUCAAAGACAGACACAACUCUUUCUGGAUUGGUCUGUUUAAAACUCAUAAAGGGACAUGGCUUUGGUUGGAUAGAACUAUUUUGGACUUCACUAACUGGGCUCCAGAUGAGCCGGAUUCUGAUUUUGGAGCAAUCCAAACCUCAGAUGGGACUUGGAACUCGGGUCGCAGAUGGCACGACAGACCAUAUAUCUGUAAAACAGCCAAAGUGAUGCCUCAAACUUCAGGAUCAAAAGAUGGAUCUAAUGGACAUCAAGCUCAUCAAACUCGUGUCCACACUACUGUGGUAGUUGUACUGGUGAUUACGAUCACUUCCACACUGGUAGUCAUUGCAUUUUUUCUCUACAAGAAGUCUCCUGGUCCCUUCCCCACAUUUGAAAAUCCACUGUACUUCAAUGGUGAACGAUCGCAACCUGAUGUGCUUGACACCAAUAAACUAAUAGAGAAUGCAGAAAACCCUGAACCAGUUUUAACUUUGUGAUUUUAGGUAGGGUCUAUUAGGAUAUAAACUUUACUGUGUUCCAAACUGAUGCAUUACACUUUGAUGAUUUAUUAUUUGGUUGUUUACUAUAUGCAGUAAAUACAUGCAAUUAUUUAACAGUAAGUCACUAAAUGUGAGUUUCAGUGGAGGUGGCAACCUCAUUACAGACCAAUUUAAGCUCUAGGAUGUCUGUAUGAAUAGGAUUAUUAUUUGAUUUGUGUCAAGGAUAUCAACAAUUAUCAAACACUCAGGUGAAGAAACAACACUUAGACACUUGGAGAGAUUUUUAACGUGCACAGGUGAGAGCUCAACAGAGAGACUCACACCGAGUCGCAGGCGUUUCCUUUAUUUAACAAGCAUAGCAGUUCCUGUUUUUCAUGUUCGUGUGUGGGUGUUGUUUGUGAGUCAACUUCUGCAAAACUCAGCUUUGUGUGUUAAUCUCAUGUGGUCUUAUCAUAUGGCUUAUAUGGCUUACAGUUUACUGUUUAGAAGCUGGGCUGCACAGUGUAAAAUAUGAACACUAUUAUUAUGAAGCGAAGCAUAAAAACAUUUCCCCAUAACAAUUUGUUUUUCUUUAUCCCUGUGAUUGAAUGUAUAUAAUUAUUACAUGUGGUGCUUAGAUCCACUAGUAGCUGUUCAUUGCUUGUAGUCUUGAAAUACAUAAAUGUACUGCCUGUUGGUAUUGAAUAAACAUUAAACUUGGCAAUAAA